CAUCGACAAAGUACCAGCCGCACUUCUUAACUCAAACAUGAAGCUUUCUUUUGUCUUCAGCGUGCUUGCUUCCAUCGUAGUUCUUGCUACAGCGUACCCCACGCAAGGAGCCACUGGCAUCGCGAACGUUCUCUUGAUAUCGAGAAGCGCAGCUCGGAGGAACUUGGCGUUGAUGAUAAAGACUAUACCUUCAAGGACUACAAGCGCGACUCGGAGGAACUUGGCGUCGAUGACAAAGACUAUACCUUCAAGGACUACAGGCGCGACUCGGCGGGGCUUGACGUCAAGGACAAGAAGUAUAAAUUCGAGGAAUACAGGAAGAGGGAAGAAGGGAAGCGCGGCUCAGAGGAAAUUGGCGUCAAGGACAAAAAGUAUAAAUUCGAGGAGUACUGAACUUGAUUCAUAGCUGUAUGUCUUAUUUGUUUUACGAGAGUCAUCCACCAUACUAGGUCUGGUAUCGUCGCAACCUUACCAUGUUACUACCCUGUACAUAUAUCUCGAUUCCCUUAUCUAGUUGUUUCUGACAUGCCUAUGUAUCUAAUACAAUUUCAAUGGUCUUACUCUUUGUGACUACCUACAGACUCAGUGUUCUUGUCACUAAGCUAUCAUCUGGUGAUAUCGCGUCCUGCAUUUCCAGACGGGUCUCGCGUGUUGUCACCUUAAAUACUCUCA